GCGAGAGGAAACUAAAUGUUUGUGUGUUUGUUGCUAGGAUGGCGAACAAAGACUUAUUUGGACAUAUAUAACCUUACAUGUAUAUAUGUCAAUGAAAGCAAAGACAUGACCCGCCCUUCUCCCUCUCUGAUUGGAACAGGGUGGACAUUGAACUACACACUUCGGCCGUGGAGUUAUAUAACUGUUACGGUAACGGGCUUAUAACGUGACACCCCGACUCACUUCAUAACUAUUAACUGUUUCCUUAAAUUCCGCAGCUAACGGAUAAACACCAAGUACCGUCGGGUGUGCAUGAUGCUGAAGCGGGUGGCGGUUAUCGGUGCCGGUGCGGCGGGACUCUGUGCAGCCAAACACGUCCUGUCCCGUCUGAACAGAUUCGCCCCCCCGGUGGUGUACGAGCUCACGGACAAAGUGGGCGGGACCUGGUGCUACGACGAGCGGGUCGGGACGUACGCCAACGGGCGGCCGAUCCACAGCAGCAUGUACAGAGACCUCCGGACCAACCUGCCCAAGGAGGUGAUGAUGUUCCCUGAUUUCCCGUUUGACUCGCGGCUGAACAGCUUCCUGCCCCAUCACGAGGUCCAGCGCUACCUGGAGAGCUACUGCCAGAGCCACGCCAUCCGGCCGCACAUCAGGUUCAACACAGCAGUGGACAGCGUGCGUCCCGUGGAGGGCGAGGAGAAGACGACCACGUGGCAGAUGACGUCUUCUGAUUCGUCGGGUCGUCAGAAAACAGAAACGUUCGACGCGGUCUUCGUCUGCUCGGGGCACUACUCUGACCCCCACAUCCCCAACAUCCCCGGGAUAGACAACUUCAAAGGGGAGGUGCUCCACAGUCAUUCGUACAGGUAUGCGGAGCCGUACGCGGGUCAGACGGUGGUGGUUCUGGGCGCCAAAGCUUCAGGGUUGGACAUUUCUAUUGAACUGGUUAAAGUUGGUGCAAAGGUGACUCUGAGUCAUCGUCUCCCCCGUAUCACCUAUCCUCUCCCUGCUGGGAUUCAGCAGUCCAGCCCGGUGGUGGCGGUCGAGGACGACGGCAGACUUCGCUUCCAGGACGGCUCCGUGAGCGCCGCGGACGUCCUGCUGCUCUGCACCGGCUACAACUUCCGGUACCCGUUCCUGGACGGGCGGCAGCUGGGCCUGGAGAUCCAGGACCACGUCAUGACUCCGCUAUACCAUUUCCUGACGCCGCCUGCCUUCCCCUCGCUCUUCUUCAUCGGCAUCUGCAAGAUGGUCUGCCCCUUCCCCAACUUCAACGUGCAGGUGCAGUUCUGCCUGGCGGUGCUGGACGGCUCGGUGGCGUUGCCGUCCCGUGGCCAGAUGGAGGAGGAGGUGCGGCGGGAGCUGCAGGAGAAGCUGGCGCGCGGCGUGGAGCAUCGCCACCUGCACAUGAUGCAGCUGGAGCAGUGGGACUACUGCGACGCCCUGGCACGCCUCGGGGGCUUCACGCCGCUGCCGCCCGUCAUCCGCAGCCUGUACGAGGAAGUGUGGCGGCAGCGUGGCGUUCACCCCCAAAAAUACCGAGACCUCAACUACCAGCUGGUCAGCGAUGCCCGCUGGGAGGCGCUCAACUGACGCACGCACGUGUUUUUAAAAGUUUUUAUAUCAGAAAUACGGGAUUCUUUCAACCUAACGGCCCAAAUUACUAACACAUGAAUGUUGUAUGAAAAAU